GGCUUGACAUACGCAACUAUAUAUCAGGUGGGAGGUAUAAAGUUUAGCCAAGGAGAAGAUUGAAUGGAGGAGGGAUCUCCAACAAUUGCUGUGCAUUACAAGCCCGGAAAUCGUGUGAUAUAUGAUGAAUCAGGGCUGCCUUCCCGUACGAAUAUUAGUGGACUCGAGCUCGUGGCAUACACAACCAAGUUGUCUUUGGUGUCGAUUGGUAAUGGUAGUAUGAUGUGCGACAAUCGUAGAGUUCCAAGAGAUAGGUUCGAUGAUACACGAGGUUAUGACAAUGAUGAAAUUCGAGGAGGAGGAGAAAUGUUGUUAUCAAAGGUGCGUGGAAAUGGAAUAUGUCUGGUUAUUAGUGACGCUAAAAUAGGUCAAAACUCUAGAGACAAUGGUUUGAUGUCACCGACUAGUGGCAAGUUAGCGGGCAGUAUUUCUUCUUGCUCUGAAAGAAAUGGAAGUAGCUUCGUGUCUGAGAAGGAAUGUGAAGGAGCCAUAGAGGCCAAUUCUGGGGCCACUUCACCUAAUAACGGUGCAGUUCUUAGCAUAAACAAGUCCUAUUCGGUGAAUGGUGGGAAGCAAUGUAUUGGUUUUGAUUCCACACCUCCUCUCUGGGGACUUGUAUCAAUCCGUGGGAAGAGGAUGGAAAUGGAAGAUUCUGCUGUAGCUCUACCAAGGUUUUCGGGAAUCCCUUCUCGAAUGCAAAUCCAUGUCCCCGACACUAAUGCAAUGGCUCGAAAUCCCCUAGCACACUUUUAUGGGGUUUUUGAUGGGCACGGAGGCUGUCAGGUUGCUAAUUAUUGCCGUGAACGGUUCCAUCUAGCGUUAACCGAGGAGCUGCACACUCGGGAGGAGGAUUUGCACAUUGAAAGCAAUGGCAGUAAUUGGAAGGAACAAUGGGAAAAGGCUUUGUUCAGUUGCUUCCGAAAAGUUGACGAUGAGGUUGGAGGGAUAUCCCGAAGUGACAAUGGUUUCGAGUCUGGUGUUGUUGAUCCUAUUGCUCCCGAAGCAGUUGGAUCUACGGCUGUAGUUUCAAUUGUUUGUCCCACGCAUAUAAUCGUUGCCAACUGCGGUGAUUCAAGGGCUGUCCUCUGCCGGGGAAAAUCACCCGUGCCACUGUCCAUUGAUCACAAACCAAAUAGAGAAGAUGAGUAUUCAAGAAUAGAAGCUUUAGGAGGCAAAGUCAUUAAUUGGGAUGGGCAUCGCGUAUCAGGUGUCCUUGCAGUUUCAAGAUCCAUUGGUGACAGAUAUUUGAGGCCAUAUGUAAUCCCGGAACCAGAAAUGACAUUCACCCCUCGGGCGAAAGAAGACGAGUGCCUUAUUUUAGCGAGUGACGGUCUCUGGGAUGUGAUGGGCAAUGAGGAAGUGUGUGAUGUGGCAAGGAGAAGAAUCCUCCUCUGGCACAAAAAGAAUGGCGGCACCCCGUCUAAAGAAAGAGGCGACGCCGCCCCGUCUAAAGAAAGAGGCGACGCCGCCGCCAGUGAUCCUGCCGCUCAAGAUGCAGCACAGUACCUGACGAGAAUCGCGCUCCAGAGGGGAAGCCAAGACAAUAUCUCUGUUAUUGUGGUGGACUUGAAAGCACAGAGGAAGUUCAAGAAGAAAGUGUAAUGUUGAACAGUCUCUCAAUCAGCUCUCAUAUAUUGCUGGGAAUAUUUGCAGAAUCCAGCCCCCUUGUUUAUGCAGGCCAAGGUUGCAGAAUUUGUAGUAUGAUAUUAAAGUGUUUUGACAAUAAACAUUUUUAGGGAAAUGUUUGGUCAAAACCUUAAACAUGCUUUUGCAAGAAAUCCUUGUGCUCUGAGAUACUCAGCCUUCUAUUCUUUAUUAUAUUAAUAUAUGGAUAUGACAUUUUGCUUUGCUA